UUGAGAUUCUAAGCUUGAAUCCACAAGACAUCGACACACGGCGUACGAGUGAGUGAGUGCACAUACAAGCUAAAAUGAGCGACGGGUGCCUCUGCUUAUAAAAAGGUCGGGCACGGCAUGUCUUUGAGCUCAAACACCAGCAUACUCUGGAAAAGCACCAAGCACGCAAUUGCAUCUCCAUAUCCAGAUCAUCCUCUUCAACGAAGGUGUGAUUAUUAAAACCAUUGUAUUAUAUCUGUUCACAAUUUCCGGUCGCCAAGCAGGCAGAGAUCCUCAACAAGAUACAACCUCAUGGAGGGAUCUCAAAUCCAAGCCCGAGUGGCUUCACACGCUAUCCCCACCACGUCGCACGACACAGCUCUCUGCAUCGUGCCCCCUAGGCAACUAUGGCCCACAAUCGAUCGGCUCAGAUCCCUAUACGACGACGCAUUUGGGAAAUGGCCACCUCAUAUAAACCUAGUCUAUCCUUUUGUCCAGGUGGCAAGCCUUGACCAUGCAGUUGCUGCAAUCGCAUCCGAGCUCGAGGCAAAGCUAAGAAGGCAGCAUUAUGACGAAUGCAACCCGGCUGUCAGACUGGACUCGUCUGGCGUCUUCUCCCACAGAAAGCACAACACCAUCUACCGCAGAGAUGGAGACGAGACGCGGGUGGAGAGGUUGAGAGAUCUGAGGAAGGUAGUGUCGAGUGCCCUUGGCCACCAGAGCCCAAGUGACGGCGAAUACAGGCCACACCUCACAGUUGCGCAGUCAACGGAUGCAAAGGACUCCCAGCACAAGUCGAGACUUGGCAAAGUAGAUCUUUUGCCAACGUCCGAGUGGCAGGUAGACAAAUUGCACGUCUUGGUGAGGGUUCAGGGCAUCCAAGGCACCGUCAUGAAGUCCUGGGGAACCAUCGAUCUAAGCACCGGCUCGCUCUCUAGGUGCGAUCACUUGAUGGGAUUCUACGAAGAUUCCAUGUUUGUGACCCAGCCGGAAGAUGUGGCCUACAAGACCUCAUAUCCUCGGAACGAGGUCAUGCCCUGUCACACCUUUGACGAAUACACCAAGCGCUGGACUCCGCUGCCAAAGACAUCGUCUUCCCGAAAGUUUAUGCAGAAAAAGCUCCGAGUAGCUAGCUACAACGUCCUGGCCGAGUUUGACUUUCCACCAUCACAAGAACGGUACCCUGUUUUGGUCAACACCAUUUUGUCUCAGGAUGCGCUUGCAGAUGUUCUCAUCUUGCAGGAGGUGACGGACGACUUUCUCUGUUAUCUGCUGGCCAACGAGGAUGUCCAUGCUUCGUACCGUUACGUAUCGCACGCACCGCCCAAUCAAGACAACAUCGAGCCUCUUCCUAGCCAUCUAAACAUUGUCUUCCUGAGCAGGGUGGUUUUUGAUUGGGAAUGGGUACAAUUUCCUCGAGAUCAUAAGGGAUCCGUGGUGGCCAGAUUCCGAGACCUCGGCCGCUGGGAGGAUGCACAGUCUGUGCCUCUGGUCGUUGCAUCGGUACACCUGACGCAUGGCCUGAGCGACCAGGCCGUAUCGACAAGAACGGCAGAAGUUGAAAGGCUGCUAAGUCACUUGGUUCAGAACUAUCAAGGCCAUCCUUGGAUAGUUGCUGGAGAUUUUAACACCACGACAUCCCCCUUGACUAUCAAGGAGGCUCUCAAGGGUGGGUACAUAUCGCAACAGUCGGUAAAAGAAAUCCCAAGGUUCGACGAUUUGUUGGAACAGGAGGAUCUUGUCGACACCUGGGCUUCUCAUGAGGCAAAAACAUCUGGUAAUGAGAUCUCUUCAGAGUCAAUGUGCACUGGCGAGGAUGGCGCGACGUAUGACCCCCUGAACAACAUGCUUGCCUUCAAAAUCAGUGACACCGGUCCUGGAGGUCGACCACAGAGAUAUGACAAGAUUCUGCUCAAGGGUGAAGGAACCCUCGAGAGCUCGGGUUUCAACAGGUUCGGUUUUCCCACAGAAAACGCAGCGACCCACGAGACUUCCUACGGUAGUGAUCACUGGGGCGUCAGAGCCUUGCUACAGCUUUCGGACGCAGCAACCGACGCAGCAACAAUAUCCACGGAUGUUAGCCCCUUGAUUGUCCCAGUUGAUCUGGCGAGGGCACCCGAGUCAAUGCGAGACCCUCAGGUGCUGAAAGGCAUGCUCGAGAGUAUGGGGGCCAUUCCGGCGGCAGAGGAGAACCCUCGUCGUCAAGCCGCCUUCGACGCACUUAGGCAUGUUGUGACAGGUAAUCUUGUCGAAGGAGUCAGCGAUGCUUCAGAAUAUGAUCGUCUGAGGUCAUCAAUAAUCAUGGUACCAGUAGGCUCCUGGGGCCUCGGCGUUUCCACCUUGUCAUCUGAUAUCGACUGUCUCUGCAUCGGUCCCUUGAGCUCCAGCACCUUCUUUGCGCUGACGACACAGAGGAUUAAGAAGGCGUCCGUGGAGUCGGGACUCGAGAUCAAGCUAUUGCGCAGGGUGCGUGCUAAUUCUGGCGUCAUGCUGGAGCUAGAAGUCAUGAGUGUCAGGGUGGACUUGCAAUACUGCGCUGCAACAGCGGUUGCAGAACAGUGGCCAGCUGUCCUGAAGCUACCACCCAACGACCCGAUUUUUGCACUUCCUGCUCAGACCCUGGGAAAGCUCAAGGCCUUACGUGACCUAGACUAUCUCCGCGAGACUAUCCCUGACCUGUCCAAAUUCCGUCUUGCUCACCGAGCCAUCAAGACCUGGGCGCAAUCUAGGGGCAUCUACUCGGCCAAGUUUGGCUAUCUGGGCGGCAUCCAGGUCUCCAUCCUACUGGCACGGGUUUGCAAGCUCCUGGCUCGCGAUUACGGCCAAGAGGUUUCGGUCCCGGACAUUCUGUCUUCUUUCUUUUCCCAUUACGCAUCUUUCGACUGGAGGAACAAGAUCGCCUUCGACCCCUUUUUCCACAAAAAACUCAAUUACUUGCGUUCAGCUCGCGAGCCCCUCGCCAUUCUCGGCUUUUUCCCUCCGGCGCUCAACACCACCCUGGCUGCGACGGUCCCGUCAAUGAAGGCUAUUGCCCGAGAGCUCUCGCAAGCAAACGAGCUACUCAAUGAGGACGGUAUGACAUGGGAUACCUUCUUCGGGGCUUCUUCAGCAGGGGGAGACAAGACGCAUAGCUUAGCCCGCGGUGCAGCUGAUUUUUUGAGCUCAUACAAGUCUUUUGUAAAGAUUGAGCUACAAUACUGGGGCAUUUCGCUUUCCAAGGGCUCGCAAUUCAUCGGGUGGUUGGAAUCGCGAUGCCCGCUACUUCUGGUCGACAUGUCGCGCCGGCUACCACAGCUGAACUUUCGCAUCUGGCCGCAGCGGUUUGUCGAGCAGGUAGAUGCGGGAGAGCCCGAGGCUAGCAAUGACGGAGACGACCAAGGCGAAACGCGCGAAUAUCAAGGCUUCUACCUCAUAGGACUCGAAGAGGACAGCGACGCCACAGACGAAGACAGGAAGCUCGCGGCCGGUACCAUGCAGACGAUUCUGCAGCGCUUUGAAGACAUGAUUCGCGGCGACGAGAAGUACUUUGAUGCCAAGAGUCAGUGGUUGAGCACGUCCGUGAUUCAAGAGGCGGACUUGGGUGAAUUGACGCUUGAUGAGCGAAGUUGGGGAAACUACACAGCCGGCGAUGAGGAUGAGGACGAGGAAGAGGAGGAAGAGGACAGCGCCAGCGACAUCCAAGAGUCGGGACAACGUCCCCAGAAGCAGAAGAAGGGAAAGAAGGGCAGGGGUGCCAAGGAGCAAGGCCAGGCGGUCUCCAUCGCAAAAUCGUGCGGCAGAUUCCGGACUGCGGCGGAUGUCAUCAGUCGACUGCGAUGGGACCCUGCGUUGGAUAGCAGCGAUUAUCUGGUGGGAUACGAGGAUAGAUUCAAAGGCGCCAUGGAGAAGGCGUUGGACGCUUGGAAGGGCGAACAGACUGACGAGGAGUUCAUCCCGCAGCAUCGUAUCCUGUACUUCAAACGGAAGAACGAUGGCAUGGUGGUAUGGGAGAGACGGACACGCACGGACCUGCUGUUUGGCAGCGGCUAGAUGACAUUGCCUUUAAUGAAUAGAUUUCUUCUGCGUGAUCCAACGGGAUCGGGUAUUGGGUUGUUG